AUGGAUUGGUCGGUGAUUGAGGUUACCCAGAUUAACCUGCAUCAUAGUAAAGGGGCCUCGGCGAUCUUAGCUAGGCACCAAUCUAAGAUGCACACAGCCAUUUCUCUGAUGCAAGAGCCGUGGGUAGUCCAUGGUUGCGUUAGAGGAGUGGCAGCAUGUGGGAAGCUCUUUAGGGCCCCCACCGAACAAAGAUCCAGGGCUUACAUUGCGGUCAAGGGUCUGGAGGCGUGUCUUCUGCCAGAGCUAUGUUCCAGAGACCUAGCAGCAGUGGAGGUGAUGGCAACCGGCAGGAUUGGGGGCACCAAAAGGCUGGUAAUAUGUUCGGCCUACUUCCCUCAUGGAAAAGAGGUGCCGCCACCGGAGUUGGUUAGGCUGGUAGACUUCUGCCAGAAGGAAGGAUUGCUGGUGGUGGGGUGCGAUGCCAACGCGCACCACACGAUAUGGGGCAGUACCAAUAUGAACGAGCGAGGGGAGAAGUUACUGGAAUACUUAAUAACGACCGACCUGGAGGUUCUGAACAGGGGUAAUCAACCUACCUUUUGCACGAGGGUGAGAAGAGAGGUACUUGACCUCACUCUCUGCUCACGGAGGGCCAUGAGCGAAGUGACGGGGUGGAGGGUGUCGAAUGAGCCCUCUCUUUCCGAUCAUAGACUAAUAACCUUUAGGCUUUCAGAUCUUAAGGUGGAGGCCAGGAAGGUGAGAAACCCAAAGCGGACGGACCUCCUAUAG